GAGGCUGGCACAAAUAUCAAAAAGACACCCCCCCCCCCCCCAGUAUUAUCCUUGUUUUGAACAUAUCAAGAAGCACGUAAGGAAAACGAUCACCUACUGCAUGAUCCUUUUAUCAUCUGACGCACAUAAUGCCAUCCUAUAAUUUAUCAUCUAAAUUUAGACCCAUAACGAUAAGCUUUAUCCCCAUUACAAUAUUAUAAAGGAAAUCAUGAAAUCAGUACCUAUCCACAUUAUUAUAAAUUUCACCAAUCUAUACCUCUUGCAUUACAACAACCAGCCAGCUACUAAAACUGUUUCUUGAAAAAAUGGUUAGCUUUGAGACAUUCCUUACACCUACUAACACUGUUCAGAAAAAGAGCAGUGGAAUAAUUGGUUAUGAUGUGCCUGAAGGGGUGGACAUUAGGGGAAGAUAUGAUCCUGAAUUUUCCAAGAUUUUAACUAGGGAUGCUUUGACGUUUGUUGCUGAUUUGCAAAGGGAGUUCAGGAACCAUAUUAAGUAUGCUAUGGAGUGUCGAAGAGAGGCUAAAAUGAGGUAUAAUAAUGGCAGUUUGCCGGGGUUUGAUCCGGCUACUAAGUAUAUUAGGGAAGGAGAGUGGGUGUGUGCUCCUGUGCCGCAUGCGGUGGCUGAUCGGAGGGUGGAGAUUACUGGACCAGUUGAGAGGAAGAUGGUCAUCAAUGCUCUCAAUUCUGGUGCAAAAGUUUUCAUGGCUGACUUUGAAGAUGCACUGUCACCAAGCUGGGAGAAUUUAAUGAGAGGGCAUGUAAAUUUAAGGGAUGCAGUAAAUGGAACAAUAACAUUCCAUGAUCAAGCCAGAAACAAAGUGUAUAAACUGAACGAUGAGAUAGCUAAGUUGUUUGUGCGUCCUAGAGGGUGGCAUUUGCCAGAAGCUCACAUCUUCAUUGAUGGUGAGCCUGCCACUGGUUGCCUUGUCGACUUUGGCCUCUAUUUUUUCCAUAACUAUGCCAACUUCCGCAAGACCCAAGGACAAGGACUUGGACCCUUUUUCUAUCUUCCCAAAAUGGAACAUUCUAGGGAAGCUAGAAUAUGGAACAAUGUGUUUGAGAGGGCAGAGAGAUGGGCUGGAAUUGAGAAAGGAAGCAUUAGGGCCACUGUCCUGAUUGAAACACUUCCCGCGGUGUUUCAGAUGAAUGAAAUCUUGUAUGAACUGAGGGACCAUUCUGUUGGUCUCAACUGUGGUAGAUGGGAUUACAUUUUCAGCUAUGUCAAGACUUUCCAGGCUCACCCCGAUCGAUUGCUCCCUGAUAGAGUUCAAGUUGGCAUGGCUCAACACUUUAUGAGGAGUUACUCCGACUUGCUCAUCCAUACCUGUCACAAGCGUGGCGUCCAUGCUAUGGGAGGCAUGGCAGCUCAAAUUCCAAUCAGAGAUGAUCGAGCAGCUAACGAGGCAGCAUUGGAACUUGUAAGGAAGGAUAAGCUGAGAGAAGUGAAGGCAGGGCAUGACGGAACAUGGGCAGCUCACCCUGGCCUAAUUCCAGCCUGCAUGGAAGUGUUCACCAACAACAUGGCUAAUGCUCCUAACCAAAUCCAUUCCAUGAAGCGCCCAGAUGCAUCCGUCUUAACUGAAGAAGACCUGCUGCAGAGGCCAAGAGGGGUCCGAACCAUGGAGGGCCUCCGGCUGAACACCCGAGUGGGAAUUCAGUACUUGGCAGCCUGGAUGACAGGAGCGGGUUCUGUCCCACUUUACAACCUCAUGGAGGACGCUGCCACAGCCGAGAUCAGCAGAGUCCAGAACUGGCAGUGGCUGAAAUACGGCGUGGAAUUGGAUGGAGACGGACUUGGGGUGAAGGUGAACUUGGAACUGUUUGGAAGAGUGGUUGAAGAAGAAAUGGCUAGGAUUGAAAGAGAAGUUGGGAAGGAGAAAUUCAAGAAAGGAAUGUAUAAGGAGGCUUGCAAGUUAUUCACAAGGCAAUGCACUGCACCAGUGUUGGAUGAUUUUCUGACUCUUGAUGCCUACAAUAACAUUGUCAUGUAUCAUCCUAUUGGUUCGUCCCGACUCUAAAUCGAUCAAUCAGGUGUAGACAUGUAUCCCAGCAAUAAUAGUAGGAAAUGGAAUUUGGCCUUUGAGAAGAUGGCUAAAUUAUCUUAUGCCUCUCUUAUUCACCUUUGCUUUUCAAUCACUCCGUCAUCAGUAUUAUUGUGAGUACUGCUAUCUUUCCAUGUAAUAAUAAUAAUAAUAAAAGACAAUUGUUCA